AUGGAUCGAAUUACUGAAUACAGUGUUCUUUGGCUUGAUGACAAGCAAAAUGAUCCAUUAAAUGAAUAUAAAAUAGAACGUUCACGAUUGCGGAGAAUUAUUGAUUAUUUGAAAUUUUUCACACAAAUUGAAAUCUGUAUAGAAAACAUUCGAAGUAUAAACAAUCAGCAAAUCUUCGUUAUCGUUGCAUCUUCAUGUUAUCUACCAUUAAAAAAUCAAAUCCAGAGUCUUUCUCAAGUUCGUUCGAUUUAUACCUACGAAGAGGACUCAAACGACGGACACAUUUCGGACACUACGCAUAUCUAUCAACAAAUAAUACCAAAAAUGUUCAAGCAUCCAAACGACUUACUGGCUCAGCUCUCUCAAGACAUUCGAGUCUUUCUUCGACAGAACAUGGGAAUCGAUUCUACGCUGCCCUUUUCCGCCCUUUCGAGUAAUGAAGAACGAACAACUGGGUUACAUUCACGAACGGAUAUACAUUGGUUCCCAUAUCUCAUGGAAGCUCUUCAAGAGAUCCCGCCUGUUGCUAACGGAAAGGAAAACUUUGUUAAUGAAUGCCGAAAAUUGUAUGUCGACAACGAACCUGCUCUAAAAUUCAUAAAUGAAUUCAAUGAUACUUAUGAAUCUCACAUGGCUGUUGCCUGGUAUACGCGAGAAGGCAUUCUAUAUCAACUAUUCAAUCGCGUAUUGCGACAACUAGAUCAGCAUAAAAUAUUCCUUUUACAUUUUUUCAUUUACGACCUUAGUCAACAACUGAAGAAAGAAGCCGAUAACAGUAAAGACGCAGAUUGGCGAAAAGAGCCGGUGUAUCGUGGUCAGAGAAUAUCUAAAGCUGAAAUAGAGUUCUUGAAAGAGCAGAGGAUGCUCUAUCUCAAUACUUUUCUAUCGACAACGAAAAACUUAAUGUUGGCUGAGAUCUAUGCUGGAGUUGGUUCACAUGAUUCCAAUCGUGAUUCUGCGGAGCAACCAGUUAUAUUUAAAAUUGCUAGUUGUACACGGAAUUUAUUUGGAAAAAGUGCUGCAUCCAUCGAUCAUUUGAGUCAUUUUGAGGGUGCAGAAGACGAAGUACUUUUUGCUCCGACAUACACAUUUUUUCCAAUGCCAAUUAUUUAUGAUGAAAAUACGGCCGUAUGGAAUGUAACAUUAUUACAAUUCAUAGAAGCUUACGAUCUGAGAUAUGAAUAUUUGAGUUAUCUCGUUAAACUAGAUGUUUGUUUAAGAACAAUAAUCGCCGACAAUGAUAAUACAAACGAUGAUUGUGCAUUACUAGUAGAUCAUAUUAUAUCUCUCAUUCGUGAACUUGUAAUUGGUGAUGAGGAUGUUGUAACAUUAGGUUCGACUUCUAAUCGAGUUGCUCAUACGAAUGUAUCCAGACUUGAAUUGAAAGGUAUCGCUCUAUUUGCUCAACCAGUACUUCCACGUAUCAAUUCUUCGAUUUCAUAUCUUACUUUGUCGAUGUUAUACGAUUGCAUAGCGACAUUAUUCAAAUGUCUUGGUAAAUAUGAUCUUGCUCUUGAAAAUUUUCUGAGAGCAGAAAAAUAUGCUACGAAUCAAAAUGAUAUUCAUUAUAUAACGAGAAAAGUUAAGAUCGCACAAAUACAUAAAAUCGUUGGAAAUCCAUCUCUUGCAUGGGACAAUUUUCAAGAAAUACUUCCAGAAAUUAGCAUGGACACAGAGUUAUUCGAAAGAAUCUUCAUUAGUAUAGCGAUGAAUAAACCUCUUUUUAAAAAUGAGGUAUAUGAACAGCAAAACAACCGCAAUGUGCAUCAGUACUUGCAAUACACUAGCACUGAAGCCGAUUUGAAGAGGUUUGGUCUUCUCAUUGCUGAUGCAUAUCGUGGUUUAUCAGAAUAUUUAUUGGAAAACGAUGGUCAACAACAACAACUCAUUGAAUUUCUUGAGAGUGAAGUAGAAAUUCGCAAAAAGAUUGUUCAAUACGACCGAUCAAGUCGUUAUGAUCUGGCGCACAGAUGUAAAGAUCUAGCAAGCUUGUACGGACACAAGGAUUGUCGGAAGGCGAUCAAAUACUAUAAAGAAGCUGUUAAUAAUUUCAAACCCUAUCAAGAAGUCGGUGCACGUGACCUAAUAGCUUAG